AUUGUGUUGGGGAAAACUAACAUCAGGUCCAAGUCAUUCCUAAAUACCGUUGUACUCCCGCAACUUGAGAUAGAUGACAAAAAGAACACUGAAAUUCUAAAAGUUCUUGUACAAUAUGUUCAGGUGUAAUCAGAGAUGGUGUGGCUUUGAUAUAAUCAUGCUACCUGUAACCUGAUCCCCUCUGUGUCUAGAUUGUAUUGAACAAAAAUAGCCUCCCCAUUGACCCCAUUCAACAGAUUGUGUUAGGAUAUAGGCCUACAGGUAGACUAUUUCCAUUAAAUCUGACUAACGUAUGCAAUCUAUUCUAUUUUAUAAUAUACCUUUACACAUGAUUGACCACUAAAGGAAUGGUCUAUUGUUGUUUAGAUUAAGUAUUACUGUUGCCUAUUGAUAUUGUAACUGUAGGCUAACAAAAUCAGUUCAACCAGCUCUGCCAUUGCGCAACCGUCAAACCCUGGUGCCAUAGCAACUACACAGGAAAACAAAAUGGCAAAAGCAACAACGAUAAAAGAAGCGCUUGUCAAAUGGGAGGAGAAAGCGGAGGAGAAGGUUGGAGAGGCCAAAGCGGUGAAGCUGUAUGGUCAGAUUCCUCCAAUAGAAAAGAUGGAUGCCUCUCUCUCCACUCUCAUCAACUGCGAGAGGCUGUCUCUGUCCACGAAUUGCAUUGAGAAAAUUGCCAAUUUAAACGGUUUAAAAAACCUGCGAAUAUUGUCCUUGGGACGAAACAACAUUAAGAAUUUGAAUGGAUUGGAGGCAGUGGGGGAUACACUAGAGGAAUUGUGGAUCUCUUACAACCUGAUAGAGAAGCUUAAGGGAAUUCAUGUUAUGAAGAAGCUCAGAGUCCUCUACAUGUCUAACAACCUGGUCAAGGAGUGGGCGGAAUUUGUGAAGCUGGCUGACCUGCCCUCCCUGGCAGAUCUGGUGUUUGUGGGGAACCCUUUAGAGGAGAAACACACAUCAGAAGGCAACUGGGUAGAGGAGGCCACUAAGAGGCUGUCCAAGCUGAAGAAAUUAGACGGCAACCCGGUGAUCAAGCACGGCGGUGAUGAUGGCGAUGAAAACUAACACAACCUGCUUCACUUUAACCAUCUGCAGACAAAUGUUUUUUAUAUAGAAAAUACAGUUCAAAUGUUUUAUCGUAAUUUUUACACCAGGAUAUUUUGAAUCAAACCACCAGGGUCUUAUACUGUGCAUGUUGAGGCAAGCACAGAUACACCAUCCUUAGUCCACAAAGCACAUUCCAGAUACUCAUACUACAUCCAGCAGUUCAGUCAAAUUAGUAUGAGAAAACGGUAAGUAAUUCAAACAAAGAUGCUGUCAGGUAGAUAAACAAUAUUGCCCACAAAUUUACAUAACACACUGUUGCACAAUGAGCCUACUCCCACACAAAGGAACUAAGUGUCAAAGGUACAGCUGUGGCUACUUGUUUCUUGAUUGAAGGGUUGUGACUGUCGAUGAAAGCACAUUUCCUAUUGUAGCAUGAUUUCUUUACUCUGUCCCUGAGCUCCUAGCAUGCACUCUUGAAGUGGUCGUACAAGAGGCAGGAGAUUAUUUCUUUAUACAAAUUGUUUAUACAAGAGGUUUUCUCUACAAAUUAACACUCAAAAUUGAAUGUCAACAUUUUGUCUCCAUUCUUUUUGAGUGUAUUGUGAAGGCAUAUUGUAUUUAAAUUAUUUCUAGGCAUGUUUGUAUAUAAGAAACUGAGAUGUUUAUAAUUUUCAAAUGUUCACAUUUAUUAAAAUAUGUUGCACUAA